AUGUUUGGCUCACACGGGCUCGAUAUAAAGAACGAGCGGGCGGGCGGGACGUUAGAUCCAAGGCCAACUGCUGGAGAAGGACGUGUGAGCGUUGGCCGCCAUGAAGACCGCUCUCAGCAUGGCCCUGGCGCUGUGCCUGGGGGCAGCCGUACGCGCCGAACAGAAGAGCGCCCCGCAGCGCACGCCGCCCCAGAUGGCGCCACUGCCUCCAACGGCGAGAUCCGCAUCGUGAACGGCCAGACGGCCGCCAACGUCAGCGACUUCCCGUACCAAGUGGCGAUCACCACCAGCAACGACUCCUUCUGCGGCGGCUCGCUCGUCUCCUCUCGCUGGGUGCUCACCGCCGCUCACUGCAUCUACUCCGGCGCCACGUGGGUGAAGGUGUUCAUUGGUGCGGUGUGCUGGGCGUCCGCGCCCGUGCGCCUGUUCGCAACGCGCGCCCUCCUGCACGGCGCCUUCGACGACUACUGGCUGUACAACGACAUCGCACGACCUUCGCGCAAUCGAGUUGUGCAGACAGUGGAUCUGGAGACAGUGGGCUGUAGGAACUCCGUGCUGGACGGUGAACAAGCUGUGGUCAGCGGGUGGGGUCACACUAGCGAUAGUCCUUCUGUCCCAAACGAGGACUGUCUGCGGUAUGUGCACACAGAGACCGUAAGCAACUACGAGUGCUGCCUGCACUACGGCUACACCGACGCCGGGAUGCUCUGCGCAAUCAACUCCAGCGGCCUCAACGGAACCAUUUGCCGCGUGAGUAGUCUCCUCUAG